GAAGAGGUGAAUUAGCUCCUAAAAAAGGAUGUGGGUUCUCAUAGAAGAUCAUCGUUCGGAGAAUAAAACAAUCCAGCAAGCAUAUUAUUCGUAAUACUAGAGACGGCAAAGAGACAAGGUUCUUUCUAUUUAACAAAGUUUGUGGUUUGAAAGAUUGACCUUGAGGACAGACGCAUCCGCGGUUGCUAACAAUUGUUUAUAAUUUAAGGGUGCAAUCGGCUACCGUGUGCUAUAACUUAGAAUCAUAAUACCACGAUGGGAGAACAACAAGAGACAAGGGACAGUGUCAUACAUGGUUCAUACUAUUUGCAAAUUGCUUUUAAUCCUAUCAUGGGCUUAGAUGAGGAUAUUGAAGCAUUUACUGAAGAAUUCGCCGAUUUAGGCAGUCCUCGUUUUGUGGAUUUUGCGGAGCUCUGGAAGAAGUACAAACUGAUCCAUUUAAUUCAGGGGAGGCAGUGCCAACACGGUUUAUAUGACAUAGUUGGCUGCAUUUUUCACCGGUUGGUUAGUCUGUUUCAGCCAACCUUAUCUAAAAACAAGUUAGUUCGUAUAUGCGCACUCUACCUUCUCUAUGCUUUCCACGGGAAGCAGCCCAUUCGCAAUCAUGUUCAUAUACGUGUUUGUCCUAAAAGUUGGUCUUGGAUCUUACAGGUUGCUACGGAGGCUCGUGACGAAGGACACUUAGAUGUCUAUUACGUUUUUCGGAAACUAUGUGCUGCAAAUGCAUUUUUAUUUUGUGCAAUGCGGCAAGUGUUAUAUCCCGGGGCCCCCCUUUUUGACAGUCCUGCUGUGAAUCGGGAUGAUUUUACAGAGGGCCGUACCGCCUCGCCAGCUGAAGAUCUAUCCGAUGUUUCAAAAGCUACUUUCAGUCAUCGACGUGACCUUCUCACUUGUUCUCUACCUGUUGUCAAAGCUCUUCAGGCUCCUUCAGGAUUAAACCAAACGGUACAGUGUUUAAAUAUGAGUUUGUCGCGUUAUGCUGAGGCCAAACGUUUACUUACACAAAAACUUAGGAUAAAUGAUGGAAAUAUUGCUUUGGAUUCUUCGAAAACACAAGGCACUGAUGGAAUGGAAGAUCCAGAGGAAGAGUACUUGCCAGGCCUAAAUCUUGUAACUUUCCCCGAUUCCCUAAAUCGUAUUGAGAUACUUUCAAUGGAAUUGGAAAACUCAACCAAACAAAAUUGCCUUAAAAAUCGUUUUACUCCCAGCACAAAGUCCAGUAUGCAUAGUCCUUCGGUUAAAGCGUCUCCUUCAGUGGAUGUAAAAGUUCCAGAUAUCGAAAAUCUCCUUGAAACACCACGUAUUGGCGUAGUAGUUGGUGCUGGAAUAGUUGGGUGUAAAAUGAUAAGUCGUAAAAGUGCUGAGAACAGUCCAGUUUCUCAACCUUCUGACAUUCAACAAAUUAGUAAGCAUUCUUCGCCCUCAAAAACCACCACUUUAAAUUCGUCAAAAAAGUCUGAGGAAACAACAACCGAUGUAAAAGAAGCCGUUAGUUGGGGUGAAAGAAUUCGACUCUUAAAAAGGCCCUCAACGUGGGCUAAAGAAUUAGCAGAACAAGCCGAAAGUGUGUACAAGGAUGGUUGCCGCCGAAGUAGGCGACGUCCGACAGAACCCAAGGUUAUUACUGCAUCUACAAGUAAAAAACAGCAAAGAAAGUCCUUCAGAUAAAUGAAUUAUAUUUUUUUGCUAAUAUUUGUAUAUUUUCCUGUAUUUAAUUUCAAUUUGUUUCUUGUAAAUAAAAUCGGCAAAUCGUUUAAGAAA